AUGCUUUUCAAGUCCGCCUCCGCCCUGGCGUUUCUCGCCGUCGCCUCUCAUGUCAUCGCUGAGCCGAUGCCCUACAAGCCCGUCAAGCUGACCAUGUCCGUCCGCGAGAUGUUUGGAAUUGUUGGUCGCGACGACUCUGGCUACACGCCCACUCAGCAGUACUGCGGUAUGGGAGCGACUUGCGCUGAGGCCUGUGGUGCUGGAUUCGACCAAUGCGCCUCCAAGGACAAGUCCAUCCACUGCUACAACACCGCCGCCGCCCAGACGUGCUGCCCUGAUGGCAGUGGCAACUCUUGCGACGCCGGCUUCUACUGCACUGCGGACACUGAUGGCGAGACCUUCUGCUGCCCCGAGGGAAUGGGCCUGGCCGACUGCGCAGUCAAGUACGGCGUGACUGGCAGUCUCAGCUCUGAAAUCCCGACCCCGACCAGCACCUCCACCUCCAGCACCUCGUCGUCGUCAUCGACGUCUUCAUCCGCCUCUAGCACGUCUACUAGCACGUUCUACGAGGCCAAGAACACCACCACCACUGUCAAGUCUACCGGCUAUGCGACGACUUGCACCUCAACUUUGUCCGCCGAGGUGACCUUCCCGUCCGCCAACAGCACCUCCCAGAUCGUCCCGGUCACCGCCACCCCGACUCCGUCAACGGUGCCGCUAAGCGGUGCCUCCGUUGCGGGCCCGGCUGGCGCUCUAGCCCUGUUGGUCGCCGCCGCCGUUGCCGCGUUGCUGUAA